AUGUGCCUUGUGAAGCUACCAGUAGUCCUCAUCGUGCUGUCUGUUGCAUUAAACCAUCUGAAAGCCACUCCUUUGGGAAGUCAUCAGGUGGAAAAACGGAAAUGCAACACUGCCACGUGUGCCACACAACGCCUGGCAAAUUUUUUAGUUCGUUCCAGCAACAACUUUGGUGCUGUGCACUCGCCUACCAAUGUGGGAUCCAAUACAUACGGCAAGAGAAAUGGAGUUGAGGUUUUAAACCAAGAACCGCUGCAUUACCUACCCCUUUAG